GCCGCGGCCAUCGAGGAUGCGAGGCUGGUGAGGGGGGAGGAACACCUGCGCCUUUAAAAGGGCACAUUCAGCGAUGAUGUCAGCUGAUCCCUUUCCGCACACUCCGCGUCUCUGCAGGACGUUUCCGCACAUUCUCCUUCGACCGCGGGGCGGUUUGCUGCGGGUUUGGACGCGCUGGAUCAGGUGUGGAGUUGUGAUGGACACGGAUGCCUGUAGUGCUUCAUGAAGGCGCCACACACGGGCCGCACUGGUGUCGUCUGUUUGGGUUUAUUAGCUCGUCUUGCUGGAAACGUGACUGAUGCAGACUGAAUUUUUAGUUAUGUGAAUAAUCUUAUCUUGCACUCGGGCUGGGACUGCUUUCUUUAAUCGCGUGCUGUUCUAGUCAAAGCCGCUGGAUUAAAGCUUGUUUUUACCUUCCCUUCCACAGCGGGUGAACGCAUUAGUGCAUUAGGCCUCUGUCACGCCUGGCGUGGUCCUGUAAACACCGCUUCAGCUAUAGGCUUUUCUGGGGAAAUUUGGUUUUCCGUUUGCUUGUGUUUCCCCCUCAAUAACAGAACGCUGGACUAGUUAUAGUUUUGAAGGGUUGUGCUGGACCUCCAGGCCUGACCAUGUUCGCUCCUGAUGCUGCAGCUGGAGCUGGGUACUCCUCGGGCACCAUGGUGGAUAAGGAUGCCAGUCAGGAGACCACCCUGGGAAGUGCGUACUCGCCGGUGGACUACAUGAGCAUCACCAGCUUUCCCCGCUUACCUGAGGAUGACGCCGUUUCCGGAGAGAACACCCUCAAGUCCCGCCGAGAUGAUGAUAACUUCCUGAGCGAGCAGGACACAGACCCUGACCUGUUCCUGAAGUCUGCACGCCUGCAGCGUCUGGCCUCCUCGGCCUCGGACCUGGCCAGUCAGGACCUUUCUCCUUUGAGGGAGACGCGGCAAGAUCCGUUUGGUCAGGAGUGCGCCUGCACACGAGACGGCCUGACCGUCAUCAUCACGGCUUGCCUGACCUUUGCCACAGGGGUCACCGUUGCCCUCAUCAUGCAGAUCUACUUCGGGGACCCUCAGAUAUUUAACCAGGGUGCUGUGGUGACAGACGUGGCCCGCUGUACAUCUCUGGGCUUUGAUGUGCUCGGGCAACAGGGCUCCAGUGUGGAUGCUGCUAUAGCUGCUGCCCUCUGCUUGGGCAUUAUUCACCCCCACGCCUCGGGAAUCGGAGGUGGUGGCGUCAUGCUGGUCCAUGACAUUCGGAAAAACGAGAGCCGAGUCAUUGACUUCCGUGAAACAGUGCCCUCUGGCCUCCGGGAGGAGAUGCUGCUAAACCAACACCAGAAGCCUGGUCUGUUGGUGGCUGUUCCAGGCAUGCUCAAUGGACUCCAUCAGGCUCACCAGCUCUAUGGAAAAAGGCCGUGGAAAGAGGUAAUCACCAUGGCUGCAGAUGUGGCCAGGAAUGGAUUCAACAUUACUCAUGACCUGGCGGACGCACUGUCUAAAAUAAAAGACCAGAAUGUUUCGGAGGCUUUCCGCGAGCUGUUCCUGCCCAAUGGUCAGCCUCCUCUCUCCGGCCUCUUCACCAGACGCCUCGACCUUGCACUCAUUUUGGACAGGGUUGCCGCCAAUGGGAUCACUGAGUUUUACAGCGGGAACCUGAGUCAGGAAAUGGCAUCUGCGGUUUAUUCCAGUGGAGGAGUCCUGACCGAAGAGGAUCUUAGUAACUAUACUACAGUCCUACAGCAGCCAGUACAGAGCCUUUACCAGGGUCACCAGGUAAUGGCUGCUCCGCCCCCCCAUGCUGGAUCUGCUCUCCUCACUGCCCUCAACAUCCUAGAAGGCUACAAUAUCACCAGCCAGGCGCAGAAAAAUAGCACCCACCACUGGAUAGCUGAGACCCUGAAAAUUGCCUUGUCACUGGCCAGUGGGCUUGGAGACCCCAUGUAUGACCCCUCUGUCUCUGAAGUUUUGGCUCAGAUGCUAAGUAAAACCCAGGCUGGUGUGUUCCGGCAGAUGAUUAAUGACUCUUACGCAUCUUCUCCUGGACACUACACCCCCAGCUACGCACUGGAGGAGGGAGCAGUGGCCAGUCAGGUUAUGGUCAUGGGUCCAGAUGACUUCAUUGUAUCUGUUAUGAGCUCUCUGAAUCAGCCUUUUGGAAGCCGCAUUGUAACUCCGUCUGGAAUCCUCCUGAACAGUCAAAUCCUGGACUUCUCCUGGCCCAACAAAAGCCACAGAUCAACCCCGCCAAACCCGCAUAACAGUAUUAAGCCAGGAAAGAGGCCACUCUCGUUUCUGGUGCCCACAGUGGUCAGACCCUCUCUGGGCCUCUGUGGGACUUAUGUAGCUGUGGGGUCCUCCAACAGUGACCGGGCCCUCAGCGGAAUCACACAGGUGCUGAUGAAUGUUUUAUCACUGCAUAAAAACCUGAGUGACAGCCUAACGUACGGUAGGCUUCACCCUCAGCUGCAGCCCAACACGCUGCUGGUGGACGCUGAGUUUCUGAAGGAGGAUGUGGAGGCCCUCAGACAGAAAGGCCACGAAGUGGAGAGAGUGGACAUCAUAUCGCUGGUGGAGGGAACCAGGAGGACCAAUGACCUCAUCAUUGGAGUGAAGGACCCCCGCAGUGCAGAUGCAUCUGCACUCACCAUGUCCAUGCCCUAGUAGAGGCCUGUGUGUGGGGAAGUUAAUCUUGGUGCAAUAAACCGAAUGUGAGGAGAUUUUUUGUGAAAGGAAGGAAAACACUGUAUACCCUCUUAGUGCAUCAUAGAUAUCAUAAUUCAGAUCAUCAAGUCCGUUGGAAUAUUUUACACAUCCUGUCAUCCGACCACUGGCAGCAGUCAAAACUAGCCAUCCCAGUACUAUUUUUAUCAUGGAAAUUAAUUUUAUUUUAAAAGAGGUUAAAAUGUAAACACUGUUUCUAAAUGUACUUUUCACUCAGUUCCAUACAGUCCAUAUAUGGAAACAAAACUGCAAAAAUCUUUCCUCUGAUGUCACAAGAUCCAACCAUUUACAGAUCCUCCUAUUCAGCCAACAUCAGAUUAGCCCUGUCCGUUCAUUUUAAAGGUCUAGCAGUGUGUCCACUCGGAGUGCUUUUUGAAUUAAACACAAUACAGGAUGGCCAUUCAGAAUAGUUCUGUACAUAUGGCCGCUGUCAGAACAAAAUCUCUAUCUCCAAAAUGAUAACUUUACAGGAGAAGAACAUUUUAUUAACUAUUGAUGUAAGUCAAUGCAACCAGACUUUUUCCCAAGUCAUUUUGGGCUGUUCUUUCCCUAUUUAUAAUGAAAUUUACACACAAUAUUAAGGGCAACUAACUUUUUCAAAGUAUGUCAAAACUGAAAAGGUUUUUUGUUCUGACAGCGGUAAUAUAACAGCCUGUUUACAUCUAAGGGAUAACGAUAGGUUGGAAAACGAUCAUGUAAAAGUGAAGCAUGACCAUUUGGGGCAUAAAACCGCACCAUAAUUUGACAUCAAAGGAAAAAUAAAGAGCAAGAAAAAGGGCCCUUGUCAACUUUCCAUUGCCAUUUCCCCUCCUUAAUGCCAUCCCUAGGGCUGUUCCUUUACUAUAUUAGCUCGAAGGAAGACCAUAACUGAUGAGAGCUGAUCUACAUCGUGUAGUCAAAUGAUAUGCAGGGUAUAGAUUGUAAUACAUAAUGCAGUGUAGUGGUGCAUAUGCACACAGGGGACACAGUGAGCAACAACAAGAAUGAAGGCCGCAAAGCACAGUUUUAAAGCAAAGCGUACAGCCAGACAAAACCAAUAUUCACAAAGAACAUCCACAAAGAAAAGUCCAGACACCCCUAAAAACUUUCUAAGACAGAAAGUUUGUAUGCCGAACUGAUUAGCUCACUGCAGCUAAACUGUUCGCUCCUCCUCCUUUACUGCUUGCACAUUAUACAAUUACACAAUGUAGGUGUCAUGCACUUCUGAGGGGUGAGUUGAAGUUGGCAAGGGCACAUUUAAAAUAAAUAAAUAAAUAAAUAUUCAAAAGGGGUCCAGGCAUCCUGGAGUGCAACUGAAUUUUUUUUUCUAAAAUUACAAAUGGUUGCAUUUUGUGAUUUUUGGGGUUUAUUUUGUUAGGUGGUCUCCAUUGCCGCCCAAAUCUGACUUGUCUGUGUAGCUCUGUACAAUCAGUCAGUAUAACAACAUAAACCAAUUCACAUCUUAACGUCAGAAUCGAAAAUCAUGUUAUACCAGAAAAUGUUACUUGAUUUAGUAUUUAAGGGUAGAAUUUUGACAAAGUGGGUGGGGUCAGCACAUGACCACCAUUUAAACACAUGCACACCUGGAAUGCCACCAAGCUACAUAUCAUCCAGGCUGCAAAUAAGUUAGGGCUGCGCAACAUGGACCACAUGCUAACGCUAUUAAAUCUUAUAUAUUGCACUUAUUUACUAUAAUGAAUUACUAUACAUCUGGUUACUACCGUGUUAUUUUGAACAAAUAAACUUUGUUGGAUUACGUGAACUCAUGAUUACAUGAUUCACCAAAACACUCAACAGCUCAUGUGGGGCUGUGAUUGGUCAGGAUGCCCACAGCACACAGUAAAAAUAACCCACUGUGAUUGGUUAGAGGGCUCAUUUGCAGUAGUAAGGGCAGAGCCAUUUUACAGGAAGCCUGGCUGCUUCCUAUUUCUCACAAUAUAUAAAAAAAAUAUUGACAACAUGACAUGCAAAAUGCCUGCGAUCAUGAAUGACGGCGAAUAGGCUAAAAUGAAAGCUCGAACAUGUUUGUGCAGGAGCUUUCAUUUUGGAACAUAGACGGCUGUAUUUUAUAAAUAAAUGUAUAUUUCCAUUUUUCAACAGCAGGUUAUGGGCUGUAGGCCACUGAGUGCUGCUUGUUUAGCGCCAUCCAUUUUUCCCACAGUGAAAAGGGAGUUCCUCAUAGACACUGACGAUUAAAUGACGCAUGACUUCAGAGAUCAGUUGCAAAGGCUAAUAUCAUGUUAGUGAUUAACAUAUGUAUGUAUAUUGUGCAGCCUUAUUAAGUGUUCACUUACCUGUUGCUAUCUACACUCCAAUUUGAACAUGCUUUUGGUAUCACCCACUGUGGAUGCUGUGCAUCGUAUGACAUUUUUAAGCUUGUGCACUGAGGCAAACUGGACACAUUAGUUACAAAAAUCUUCAUUAGUUAAUAAAUGUGUGCUGUGAUUUAGUUUAAAGCAGUCAUGUGGAAUAUUUAUAUAUAUAUUUAUUUCUUUUGUAUUUCUUAAUCCCUUAAAUGGCCAGUUUAUUACAUACUCCUAUAACCUACAGAAUAGCUCAGUUCAGUUUGCAUUGAAAGCCCUGUACUCUGAAUAAUAAGCCUUUGUAUGUAAAAAGCCUGAGAUUUUAAGGGGUUAAACUGAGUGUUCAGGUCGCAAGUUACUGAUCAGAUCCAUACAUCAAUAUUGUGUAGGGCUAGGUAUGAGCUAUGGACAAAAGGGGCUGGAUAGACCACUGUUGCAGUGGUGGCCAGAGUGAAAUGUUUGUGUAGGUUAACUCAUUAUUUAUUGGUGAUUUUUGUAGUUUUGUUCUUGUAUUUUGACAUUAAGCCAAUGAACAUUAGCAUAGACUAAAUCAAUGAUUAACUGACCUGCUUUGUUUUAGGGAAUGUACCGUAUUGUUGAAUGUACAAAAAAAAGUUUUGUUUUUUUUUUUUUAUUUAUUGGUUUAAUGUUUUGGUCUGUGAUGUAGCAUGUUGUUUGAUUUGUGAACAUUUGCACUUUUUGGCCUUUUUUUAAAUUUUAUUUUUCUUUUGUGCUAAUUCUGUUGUAUAGCAGCCUUGAAUUUGUGACGGACUGUUCCAGUGAAACAUUAUUAUUGAAUAAUCGGUGAAUACUGAUAAUGCUUUGAAGGGAAAAUGUUACACUUUUUAUGCAGCGUUGUGUAGUGGUCAGCUGUUUAACAGUAUAUUGCAUUUUUUUCACAGUGAUAGUCAACUUAUAACACUGUUAUAACACGAUCAAAGUGGCAUGAGCUGCACUCAACCAGUUGAAGUUUUGUAUGGUCUUGUAAUCUUGCUUGAAUUUUGCCUUCCUGAUUUCACAGUGACUGCUUCUUCUUUUGUAUUGAGAGUGUUUGUGUGGACCAAAUGAAGAGGCAUACAUGUAUAUUAUAACUUUAAUAGUGAUUUACCUGUAAUUGUUUAUUUUCUGGACUACGUUCAUGUUCAAGCAGUUCCAAUAUCAGUACAGUAACAGUUACGCAUUUGCUACUGCAGGCCAGCAUAUUGUUCAGACUGUUUUGCAAAUUUCACUGUCGUGAAAAUAAAGGCUUUCACUGAACUGUUUUUCAGCAGAACAGACAUUUUUCAUGUGCUCAUCCAGCACUGGAUUGUCCAAUAAAUAAACGAACCUAAUUAUGGAA